CUACCGUUGAGACAGUGUUUAUUCUCGAUACGCGAUUCAGCCUCGAACCUCUGAAAGCGAACAUUUUGGUGCCGUGACCAGGAUUUAUGGCUGAAUCCAGAGGUCAUUACCCUAUGAACAACGAAGGUUGAAGAGGUCAUUAUCCUAUGGACAACGAUUGGUGAAGGGGUCAUUAUCCUAUUUCAAAGCCGCAGCCAUACAGUACUGAGGCCAAUUAUUGUUGGAUAAUAGAAGCUUGGAUGAACAAAUGCCAUAAAUUGAAGACAUUUCUUUGAUGCAAAAUAUUUGAGUUAAUACAAGGUCUAAUUAUUACAGGCCACAGAUCAUCUCUCAUUUUCAACCGAUGUCGAAGCGAAGGAAGAAGAAAUUGGUCCCAGUAAUUGUCUCUGCAAUGGUCCGUCCUGUAUCUGCUGUAUAGAUUUCAAUAUGGCCUACAUCGAUCUCGGUGGUCCAGGCUGCGUUCGACUAAAAUAUAUCUCGGCGGAGGAAGGCAUCGCAUUGAACGUUUCGUACGGUGACAGUGUACUGCACAGCCAACGCGUGAAAGGACCCGAUCCGGCACCAACUUGUUUAAAUAUGUUUGCCCAGUUGGCCCAAAUGUGCGCCCGAUUCCGUGAACUCUUGCCGACCGACGAUGGCCUUAGAGGCUGUCUGCAACUGGAACCUAUGCUGCUAGGAGAAGUACAAGUCGAACUCCCUCUUGGCUGCUUCCGAAUGGGUCCCAGCGGAGUGGAGCUUAUUAAAUCAUCUGAAGAGGAGAUCAAAGAACAACAACCACAAGAAAGUACUGAUGCUGCACCAGUGAUCACCGAAGAGAAAAAUGUGGGAGACGAGCAAAAUUCAAUUUCUCCUGCGCAAAACGUUACAUCCCCACUGUCAAUCCUGGAUAAUUUAUCAACUGCGGAUAUUUUAGCUGCGGUUAGUGAGUCAACGGAUGAAGGUAUCGCGAUGAUCUCUAACUGGUUAGGUCUAGGAGUGAAUAAAGAACAAAAGCCAGAGCAGAGCGAGAACUUGGACGGAAGCAAUAACAGUGACAAGACCGAAGAGAGUCAAAAUUCCAAAUAACACCAUCAAUAACUGCAAAUGAAUCAUUUGGUACUGAGCGAUAUCGAAUACUUAUUCGAUACAAUUAAUCGUAUUGGGUAUGUUACUUUUCAUUGAUGCCAUUCGUUGCAUCUGCAAACAGACUUUCGUCUGCUGGUGAUAUAUAGAUUGAAUUAUGAUUCAUUUCUUUUUUUAAAUAUUAACAUUGCUAAGCUGCUAAAUUAUGAAUAAACCGUAAAUCAAUCA